CGAAGUCAUCAAUUAACACAAAUGUUUACAAACAAAACAAAUAAACAAGUCGCAUUCUCAAUAAUUUGUAUUCAAUCAGUGGCAGCGCUACGAUAGACUCGCACUCAUUGUGUCGUGCGAACAUCAUCAUCAGCCGAGCCAAAUAAAGUAAUAAGAUAAUAAUUAUUUAGAAGUGGCGAAAUGAUUACUAAAUACAAACUGCUUUUAAAUACGACAAAAGCUACUCGAAGCGAUUAAGUGUUGAAAUUUUUUCAUCACAAUGGUAAACGGUAAUUACGUGUUGUACGGCGACAGGCCGUCGUCAGAGUCCGAAAUUGUCGAGGAUCAUGUACACGCGCGCGCUGCCGAUAAGAAAACCAAGAGGAAACCGAACAGAACCGCCAACGAACUGCAGUACUCCUUGAACCUCGCGCAACUCGACAACGAGACGGAUUCAGUCAAGUAUGAGAAGAAAGUAAAGGAGCCGAGAUUACUCCGCUACGUGCCGACUACGGACGUAGAGGAGCACUUUGUUAGUGAAAAGUUUGAAACCUAUGAUUUGAAAGCCACUGAGGAGCCACCUCGUCGGUACGCUUUCACGAAGAAACCUAAGAACCCAGCAGACGGAUCGGUUAAUUAUGCUUACUCUAGAUCGAGCAGCAGCUGCAGCUCUCCCAAUGGAAAUUUGCCGACCAUAUCCGAGCACGGGGAACAGUUUAGUACGUAUCGUAUCCGCUCCAUCCGGACGCCGACUGACGAAGAAGUUACUCACGCAUACGAAACGAAACUCGACAAAUAUUUCUCCAGGCCGCGAGAAGUGAAGACGUUCGUGGCCAAGGGCUCACAUCCCGACAGCUUGUACCGUGUUCCGGUGGGCAGUGGCGUGACAAGCAGUAAGGUAGUGCGAGUGCUACGCAUCCUACGAUGGCCAGUUGCUCUCUUCAGCGUCUGUAUUGCUCUGGCUAUCUUCGUGUACUUCCUUAUGCCAGGUAAGUUUUAUAACCAUGUAAUACUUUAG